AUGGCCGCCCAAAGCCAAAUUGGGACAACUCAUACCACCAACACCUUUCCGCCAAGCCCUCCUCGGACUGUCGGCAAUUCUCAUGCUGGCAGCGACGACGAGCACGACAAUGCUAACGAUACACCAAAAACCCCUCCAGUAGAGAGGCUCGGUCAACUCCUGAAACCGUAUACUCUCCCGCCGCCAAACACUCCUACACAAGUUCUCCCGGAGGAUCUAAAAACACCAGACAACCGUGUCAACCGCGAUCCCCGGCUCAUCAGGCUCACGGGUGUUCACCCCUUCAACGUUGAGCCCCCUCUGACGGAAUUAUAUGACGAGGGGUUCUUGACCAGCGAGAACCUGCACUACGUUCGCAACCACGGCUUAGUACCCCACUGCCCCGACGAUGAAUCCCUCAAUUGGACCUUUACUGUUGACGGACUGGUAGAAAAGCCCUUCACUAUUACUGUCCGCGACCUUAUACAGACAUAUGAUCAGUUCACAUACCCUGUUACGCUGGUGUGUGCUGGUAACCGUCGAAAGGAACAAAAUGUGGUUCGCAAGUCCAAAGGCUUCUCUUGGGGAGCCGCCGGUCUGUCAACAGCUCUAUGGACAGGUGUGCCGAUUGGGGCGCUCCUGAAGGCGGCCAAACCUAAGAGAGCCGGAAGAUAUGUAUGUUUCGAAGGAGCAGACAAGCUGCCCAACGGCUACUACGGCACGUCUGUCAAACUCAACUGGUGCAUGGAUGAGAACCGAGGCAUCAUGGUAGCCCACAAGAUGAAUGGCAAAAGCUUACAUCCAGACCAUGGUAAGCCUGUCCGUAUCAUCAUACCAGGGCAGAUCGGUGGCCGCAGUGUCAAGUGGCUUAAGAAGAUCACAAUCACAUCGGAACCGAGCGACAACUGGUAUCACAUCUACGAUAACCGAGUACUUCCCACAACAAUAUCGCCAGACGCCAGCGCAAACUUGCCAGACGUGUGGAAAGACGAAAAAUACGCCAUCUACGACCUGAAUGUUAAUAGCGCCAUAUGCUACCCUCGACACGACGAAAGGCUCAUCCUGGCCACCGCUCCGGAAACCUACAAGGUUAGGGGAUAUGCCUAUGGCGGAGGCGGGAAGCGGAUUUCUCGGCUCGAACUCACCUUGAACAAGGGCAGAUCAUGGCAGCUCGCAGGCAUCCACUACCCCGAGGACGAAUACCGACGCGCCCCCGACGGCGACACGCUGUACGGCGGCAGCACCGACAUGUGGUGGCGCGAGACGUCCUUUUGCUGGUGCUUUUGGGAGAUUGACAUUCCGGUGGCCGACCUCGCUGCUGCCGACGACAUGAUGAUCCGUGCCAUGGACGAGGGCAUGAUGGUCCAGCCGCGCGACAUGUACUGGAGCGUGCUCGGCAUGAUGAACAACCCGUGGUUCCGCGUCGUGGUGCACAAGGGGGACGGCGCGCUCCGCUUCGAGCACCCGACCCAGCCCGCGCUGAUGCCUGGCGGCUGGAUGGAGCGCGUCAAGGCCGCCGGCGGCAACCUCACCAACGGCUUCUGGGGCGAGAAGACAUCAGACGAGGAGGCGCAGGCGCCCCGGGAACCGGAGAAGGAGAUUUGCAUGACGAAUCCCCAGGUGGACCGCAUCAUCUCGCUGGACGAGCUCAAGGCGCACGAGGGGGAGACGGAGCCCUGGUUCGUUGUCAACGGGCAGGUGUAUGACGGCACGCCGUACCUGGACGACCACCCGGGCGGCGCGACGUCCAUUAUCAACGCCGCUGCCCAAGAUACGACGGAAGAGUUCAUGACCAUUCACAGCGAAAAUGCCAAGGCCAUGAUGCCACAGUACCACAUUGGCACCCUCGACGAUGCCGCCCGCAAAACUCUCGAGGGUGGUGCCGACGACGAGUCAGGCAGCGACCCAACCCGCGCUGUGUUCCUGCAACCAAAGGCGUGGAGCAAAGCCAUUCUCGAGUCGAAAACAGACGUGUCGUCCGACAGCAAGAUCUUUUCCUUGCGCCUCGACCACGUCGACCAGUCCAUCGGCCUGCCGACGGGCCAGCACCUGCUCCUUCGCCUGCGCGACCCGGCCACACGCGAGGCCAUCAUCCGGGCCUACACGCCCCUCUCUGAGACGGACGCCCGGGGCCGCCUCGACAUUCUCAUCAAGAUCUACCGGGACGCGCCCGGCGGCGGCCCGCCCGGCGGCAAGAUGACACAGGCGCUCGACGCCAUCCCCGUCGGCCACUUUGUCGACGUCAAGGGCCCCGUGGGCAAGUUUACGUAUCUCGGGCGUGGGCAGUGCUCCGUAGGGGGCGCGACGAGGCGCGUCCGCCGCUUCGUCAUGGUGUGCGCGGGCUCCGGCGUCACGCCCAUCUUUCAGGUGCUGCGCGCUGUCACGGGCGACGCGCAGGACGAGACGGAGUGCCUGGUCCUCAACGGGAACAGGUGCGAGGAGGACAUUCUCUGCCGCGCCGAGCUGGACGGCAUGGUGGCCAGAGCGCCUGGGAGGACGACGCUGCUGCACAAGCUGUCCCGGCCGGACGCGUCGUGGCAGGGCCUACAAGGACGCAUGGAUAAGGCCUUUCUUGAAGAGCAUAUUGGAGGGUUUAGAAAUUCGGACGGCCAAGAGAUGGUAUUGGUGUGUGGCCCGGGGGCGCUUGAAGAAACUGUGCGCAGUGUGCUGGGUGACAUGGGAUGGAAGCCUGAAGACUUGCUGUUUUUUUGA